AUGCCCCCGGACCCUUUUCGCGCUGAUUCUGACAAAGGAUGCAACAUCCGACCCAUGUCACAAACCGUGUGGGAUCAAGAACGUAAUGCGACUGUCGAGUGGAUGCGUAUAGAAUUGCAGCGCUACCGCCAGAAUCCCGGAAAGUCCAAGUCAUUCUUCAGCCACGUUCUGGAAAAGUACUUUCCUGACGUAGCACAAAGCCAAACGGGCUGCAAUCUGAUUCAUGAAUGCUCCCACCUCGCAUGCUCCCACUUUCGGUCGAACAAAGAGGGGAUGCCUCAGGAGGAGUGGGAGAAUCAUCGAAAGAGGGCGGUUUACGCAGCCAACGCGAUGUCCAAUUUCCACAACUUCUUUCGUGAGGUCUAUUCGGCUUUUCAAGAUGCGUCCACCCACGUUGACAGGCUGAGCGACGAGCUUUUCAGGUUGUUUACUUGGUACGACAAUUAUGAGAAAGCCACAAAGGCGAAGGAAGCGAAAAAGGCGAAGAACAUCAAGAUUGGGCUGGCUAUAGGACUGCUCGUGAUCCUGAUAUUAUCAGCGGUCGCGGCGCCUAUUGCGGCCACGGGUGCUGCGACCGCGGGUGCUGGGGCCGUGGCUGUUAAGUCUAUUGAUUCGGCGGUAGGCACAUGGGCAGGAGUAGCAUCUGGAGCAUACGCAGGAGGAAGCUCAAUUUUUGGUGCUCUAUCAGGGUCAGGUCUCGAUCCCGACUAUCUCCGAAAGAAAGAGGUUUCGUUCGAUCGACUAUGGUCAGAUGCACGCGACGUGACGGAGCUUCUCCUUCAGAAUAUAACGUUGAAUUUGAUGGAAGCACGGGCUGAUGGCCCCAACGGGAAAAACGUUAUUGACAUUCUUGAUGAAGGAGGGUUCUUUCUCCCGUUGGAUCAUCACCUCGUAGAAGAUAUCAGGAAGUACAUGAGGAAGCAGACGCUUGCCACCUCCGUCAAUGUCCUGUGGCAUAUGGACAGCGUAAACGCUUGGAUUGUCCGUUCCAAGCCCCCUGGUGGACAGUCUUGCGAGACAGACGACAGAAUGUUUGCCGAGACCAAGGUUUGCCUGGACGACAGCAAAGACUGGACCUACUUCGUGACAGAGGAACCUGAAAGAUGGGACAAUCUCACAGUCCGAGACAUUGUUGCAUCGUCCGUCCGAUGGUGGCAUGGAACGGGGAACAACGAGAACCUCACCGAAGCGACGAACAAUUUCCUUCCACUAUUGAACAAAGUUGGCGAGGGUGGGGUUUCGGUAGUCCACCUACCGGUGUGCAACAGCCCCGAUGGCAGAGCUCUCAGCAGCCUGAAUACAGAAUGGGGCAUGAACUAUCCAUGCUCGUGCCUCAAACGCGACGGCACGCUCGAUGAUACCUCGCCCAACAGCGAAACGAUGCAUUUGUUGUUGGCGUCAGGCCUAUACAGGCGGCAGAAGGUUUACGAUUACUGCGCCAAAUGGGGAUACUGCCAAAAGGGCGGAACAUAUCAGAUGGACUGCAAGGACAAAGAGGGAAAGCCGACCAAGGACGGAUGGUGUUCGAAUCCAUCCUUCUUCGGGUGCAAAUAUUCCGAAAGGAGGCAAAAGGGAUAUCUGCAGGGAUGGGGUGACAACGAGGCAAAAAGAAGAAGAGCAGCAUAUGAAAUUGAAGGGCGUAACGUGUAG